AUGAGCUUGCGGUCCACACCCACACUCCUGCAGCUAGCAAUGCAAAGUCUGAUGAGGGAUGAGGCCUUGGCCAUCUCUUCUCUGCAGGACCUGCCCAUGGAGCUCUUCCCACCACUCUUCAACGAUGCCUUCACCCACAAACGAUUUAACAUCCUGAGGAAGAUGGUGCAGGUUUGGCCUUUUCCGUGUCUCCCACUGGGUGGUCUGAUGAAGAUGAAGGCAUCGUAUCUGGAUAUCUUACAAACCGUACUGGAAGGGAUUGAUGCACUGCUUGACCAGAAUAUUCACCCCAGUAGUUACAAACUGCGAAUUCUGGAUUUGCGGGCUUUGCACAAGGACUUCUGGACUGUUUGGGCUGCAGAUACGAUGGCAUCUUGCAAUCCGGAGGCCAAGAGUAAGAGAAAACCACAAAGGAGAGGUCCGAAGAUACUAACCAAGCCAAACUCGUUGCAAGUGUUUAUAGACCUGUUCCUCAAACCAAGAGCCUUGAAUACGUGCCUGUCCUAUGUCUUCCAGUGGGUAAGAGAGAGAAAAGCUUUGCUGCAGCUUGUCUGUAAGAAGCUGAGGAUCAACACGGUAGGUAUCCCGAGCAUCGUGACGGUUCUGGAAGUGCUGGACCUGGACUGUGUGGAGGAAGUGGAAGUGUGCUGCGCCUGGAAGCUGUCCACUCUGGCUGUCUUUGCUCCUUACCUGGGCCAAAUGAAGAAUCUUCUCACGUUCAUUCUCUGUCGCAUCCACGUGCCUGAUUCUGUUACCCCUGAGGAGAAGCAGCAGUUGGUCAGCCAGGUCGGAUCUCAGUUUCUCAACCUGCAGUGCCUCCAGGAUCUCUCCCUGGACUCCAUCUGCGUCCUCAAAGGUGAAAUGGACCAGCUGUUCAGGUGCCUGGUGGCCCCCUUGGAGAUCCUGUCUAUCACUGAUUGCCAGCUGUCGGAAUCAGACUUGAAGUCCCUGUCUGAGAGUCCAGGCAUCCGACAGCUCAAACACCUGAACCUGAGUGGUGUCAAUCUGACCAACUUGAGUCCUGAGCCCCUUUGCGCCCUGCUGGAAAGAGUUGCACCCACCUUGAAGACCCUGGACUUGGAGAACUGUAUGAUUAUGGACUCUCAGCUCAAUGUCUUCUUGCCUGCCCUGAGUCAGUGUGUUCAGCUCAUCAUGUUCAACUACAUAAGGAAUCCCAUCUCCAUGGCUUUUCUGGAGCGCCUGCUCUACCACACUGCCAAGCUGAGCUGCUUAAGCUUGGAGAUGUAUUCUACCCCGUGGGAGAUUUAUGGUGCCCAGGGUGCUCUCCACCAUAGGAGGCUAGAUGAGCUGCGAGAGGAGCUGAGCAAGACAAUGAUGAAUCUAGAACACACCAGGACGGUCUGGUUCAGUGUCGCACCCUGUCUUCCUCCUGACAACCAGGCCAUAUGA